CCUCUGCUCCGGCGCCGUUGGGGACCGGUUAGGCGACAGCGCACACCCCUCUGAGGAGACACGAAGGUGGUUCUCCAGUGCUCAAAUUUCCGGACCACCUCGCUUUCCCCUCCCCGACUUGGCCAGUGCUGUCUCCAGAGUCCUCAGCCCCCCGACUUGACCCCCAGCCUCGCCCAAAGCGCACACACGGUGUUCCCUGCCCUCUCUGCCCCCCUCUUAAUUCUCUGCGCCCUCUUCUCAGAGCGCCCCCGGGAUCACUCUCCGAGGGCGGCCUUUUGAAACACCUUGGUGGAGUAGUGGACCAGAGCCGGGGAGUUUUUACAAGUCGGGGCGCGAGAGGUACGAAGGUACGAUGGCUUCCUCAUCUGGCAACGAUGAUGACCUCACUAUACCCAGAGCUGCUAUCAAUAAGAUGAUCAAAGAGACUCUCCCUAGUGUCCGGGUGGCCAACGAUGCCCGGGAGCUGGUGGUGAACUGCUGCACUGAAUUCAUUCACCUUAUAUCUUCUGAAGCCAAUGAGAUCUGCAACAAAUCGGAAAAGAAGACCAUCUCACCAGAGCACGUCAUCCAGGCACUAGAAAGUUUGGGCUUUGGCUCUUAUAUCAGUGAAGUAAAAGAAGUCUUACAAGAAUGCAAGACAGUAGCAUUAAAAAGAAGAAAGGCCAGUUCUCGUUUGGAAAACCUUGGCAUUCCUGAAGAAGAGUUAUUGAGACAGCAACAGGAAUUAUUUGCAAAAGCUCGACAGCAGCAAGCGGAGCUGGCCCAGCAGGAGUGGCUUCAGAUGCAGCAGGCGGCCCAGCAGGCGCAGCUGGCUGCUGCCUCAGCGGGCGCGUCCAGCCAGGCGGGGUCUUCUCAGGACGAGGAGGAAGAAGACGACCUCUGAGACUCACCGGCCGAGUUUCUGCUGCUUCUGUCGGUGUUUCUCCCUGUACGAGAGACCAUGAAGGAAGUGCUUAUCUGUAACUGCGUAUGCGUCUGGGUGGACUUGCCAUUGGUAUUCUAGGGAUGUCUGCUGUUGAGUUUCAUCUAUUGUGCGCUGUUCGUGUAAAAAAUGUCUCUUUGAACUAUUGAAAAUUUAAGGCUCAGUAUAAUAUCAAUUUUGAAUUUUUAAUGGUGUUUAUGAAAUUUUAGAUAGCAGUGAGUCCUUUAUUUGAUCAAUAAACAGUGUUACAGAAAACUUCAAGUUUAUAAAAAUACAGUGAAAUUUAUACAGAAACUCUAAAUCUGCAUUUGCAUUUCCUCUGCCCUUUUAACUAAACUAAAAAUUGGGAAUUUUAAAUUAUUGAGGAGGGGAUGCUGUGUGAUGGAGUAGACAUUAGAUCAGGUUGGUGAAAAAACAAAGUUCAGUUCUAUAGUAUCUGAAUUUUUUGUCUUUUAAAAUGAGUAUAUAUACAGGCAAUAAAUAUAUAUAUGCUCAGAUAAAUAUACUUGUUUAAAAAAGAAAAUCCCAAAACAAGACAUUCAAAAAUUAGGAAGGAGUGUGUUCAGUAGUAGGUGUAAAAUUUGGUAGGUUAUGUUUUUUAUUUUGUUUUUGUUCUGUGUAGAGGUAAAAACCGCAGUUUUAUUAUGGCAUAAUUCAUCUUGAGCUACACGAUUGCAUUUCAGAGGCUACCCAGCUUUGAGGACUGUCUUAAUUCUUAGUAUUUCACUCCAAUAAUUGUUAAUAGUAUUACUUGCUUAGUCCAUCCAUGUUUACUGGAACUUGUGAAACAAUUGCUUGGGUUCCGUUGGUUUAACUGAGGUUCAUGAAUAUUCAAACCUUUGCUCGGGAAAGAAGUGAAAGUUAAUGAGCAUGCUUGCUGUAAAAGAGGAAUUUUUUUUCUUGUAAUUUAACUUGUAGUUAUAGUUUACUUAUUGUUUGUUUUUAGCAUUACUCCUGCAGUUUCUUGACUAGAUGGCCUAGAGUGUCCAGUGCUUCCUUUUGAAAUGGCAUCAUUGUCUCCAUCUUAAUUGAGUGAUAGCUUUAAAAAUGAUUGGUUUUGUUCUGUUUAAGAAAGCGUGUCAUGAUUGAUCAGCCCUAUAUGAAACAUAAGUAGUUUUCAACCUGCUCAUUAAAUGCAAGAAGCUUUAAUUUGGUUCUAAUAAAUAAAGUAUGGUAGUGAUUUUUAGGGAAUUUGGUGUGUUGAAGAAAUGGCAUAUUAUUUGUAUUUUAGAAACAGAAUGGAAAAGCCGCUUAAGAUAGUAUGAAGUAAUCUAAAUCUAUGUCAGUUGCCAAAUCAUUUAAAUUUCUAUAUCCAUCAAGCCCAAAGAUAGACUGCGGCUGCUGGGAUUCCAGUUUUAAUUGAAGAGCUGAUAAGUAAGUAAAGUUUACAAGUAUUAGAUUUCUUAAUGAUCAUACUUUGCAGUUUUAGAAAAAGUGAAAUAUUGUCACGCUUCCUCCAUGCCACAAAUAGGUGACUCUUGCUGAACGUUUUGAGUUGAAACUGGCAUUGUAUCCAUGAAGUGCGUUUGGACAAGAUAGAAGGGAUUGUUUUUUAAAAAGUUUAAGUACCAAAGGUAGUCUAGUCUAAGAAGUAGUAAGUUAUGUGUCGGCUUUUCUAAUUUGUACUGUAACACCUUACACUUUCUAUUUUAAGUGUAUAUGUUUCUUAAGUAAACAACUUAGAUAUUUUUCCAUACCUUUUUUUUCUGAUGCAGAGUUCAGGUUAAUUAAUAUUUUACUGCAUCUGAUAAUGUAUUAAAUGUUUGAAUCCUAGUGACUUUUCAUUUUGACAUUCUUGUGAUUUCAUAUGCUGUAUUCUUCAAGCAAUAAAAUCUGAUGUGUUUUAUACAUUGUUUUUUAUAUUUAAUGAUCUGUACAGAUUAAUGGCAUGACAUUUCAGUUAUUACCAUUUUUACUAGUCUCCAGAAUCUUAGGCCCAAAAGACAUUUUGAUCAUUUGGUGUAUAGUACUUGACUUUCUCCUUUGUUUACUGUUGCUUCAGAAAACAUGGUUUUUCUCGUAUUUUUGUAAUUUACAGUCCUAGGAUGCAAGCAUAACAAAGCUAGUUAAGCAAUGUUACUUCUAGCUUAUUUUCCAGCAGUUAAAAUUCACUAUUAUA